GAUCGAACCCAGGUCUCUUGCAUUGGCAGGCGGAUUCUUUACCACUAGCCAUCUGGAAAUCCCCCUUCAUCCCCAUUGCCACUUCCCUAUUCUGUCCAUCAUAUUCCUGCCUUUUCUGUGGUAGGAGUCCUGCUCUGGCCUUCUUCCCCUCUCCCCUGUCUGGUCCAUUGCUCUGCAGCUAGCAUGAGUAAUUGUUCUAAGAUGUAAAUCUGCUCUCCUAGUUUAAACCCUUCAGAGAGCCCAUUCUUCACUACAGGAUAAAAAUCCACCAACCUGUGCUCGCUUUGGCAGCACAUAUGCUAAAAAUCCACCAACCUGAGCUUGGCUUACUAGGCCCAGUCUGCCUUACCUGCCUUACUGCCCUCUUUCAAUUCCUUGAAUUGAAACAAUCUCUUUUGCUCUUAAAUAGGCUCUUCCCUCCUGCCUCCAUCACUUCCUCUUUGCCUAGAUAGCUUCCAUUCAGGCUUCAGCCUGAAUAUCAUCUUCCUAAUUCCCCAGGAUACCUCUACCAGAGGCCAGCAUGGCUCUUCCUGUAAGACCCACUGUCCUGCAUCUUUGAGGUCCGUGGUCUCACCUGGAAUGUGAGUGAUGGCUGGGGCCGUGAGAGAUUUAUUCAGGAUUAUAAAACCUGGCGUGAAAAAAAAAACAAAAAAAAAAACCUGGCGUGGAUACUCCAUGUCCACCUGUUGAAUGAAUAAAAGGAAUAAGCUGUUCUAUCUUGGGGAUAGAGCUACUUUGAAUUCAUUCUGCCUUUUGAAAAUAAAUUUAAUUUCCCAUUGUUUCUGAUUUUGAAUGCAGGCUGGGAGGCCCAGUGGUGACGGCGGGAGCAGACCCCGCUGUGUGGUGCCCGGCAUGGACGGCUACAGGGUCCUGAGCGUCAUCGGGGAGGGCUCCUUCGGCAGAGCCCUUUUGGUUCAGCAGGAGAGCAGUAAUCGGAUGUUUGCCAUGAAGGAAAUAAGGCUUCCCAAGUCUUUGUCUGACACACGGAUUUCUAGGAAGGAGGCUGUUCUGUUAGCCAAAAUGAAACACCCCAAUAUUGUUGCCUUUAAAGAAUCAUUUGAAGCUGAAGGACAUCUGUACAUUAUAAUGGAAUAUUGUGAUGGAGGGGACCUAAUGCAGAAGAUUAAACAUCAGAAAGGGAAGUUGUUUCCUGAAGAUACGAUACUUCAUUGGUUUACACAGAUGUGUCUUGGAGUAAAUCACAUUCACAAGAAACGUGUGUUACACAGAGACAUCAAAUCUAAGAAUAUCUUUCUCACCCAAGACGGAAAAGUAAAACUGGGUGAUUUUGGAUCUGCCCGUCUUCUCUCGAGCCCCAUGGCGUUUGCUUGUACAUACGUGGGAACACCUUAUUAUGUACCCCCAGAAAUUUGGGAAAACAUGCCUUAUAACAAUAAAAGUGACAUCUGGUCCUUGGGAUGCAUUCUCUAUGAACUCUGUACCCUUAAGCAUCCAUUUCAGGCAAAUAGUUGGAAAAGUCUUAUCCUCAAAAUAUGUCAGGGGUCCAUGAGCCCACUGCCAUCCCAUUAUUCCUAUGAGCUGCAGCUUCUGAUCAAGCAGAUGUUUAAAAAGAAUCCCUCACAUCGUCCUUCAGCUACAACACUUCUCUCUAGAGGCUCUUUAGCUCGGCUUAUCCAGAAGUGCCUGCCCCCAGAGAUCAUCACAGAAUACGGUGAACAGGUGUUAGAAGAAACCAAAAAAUCUAUACAUAGUACACCAAGAAAAAAGGAUCCCAGCAGAACCAGAAUAACUUUGGAAAAUGAAGCAAGCACAGUGCAAAGGGAAGAACCGGGUGGAAAGUGUAGCCACACUGACUUAGAAAGCAUUAAUAAAAAUUUGGUUGAAAGUGCACAGAGGAUAGUAAACAGAGAGGAGAAAGCCAGUUUGCCAGGUCCUCUCAGGCGACAGUGGGAGAAAAAUGUAUCCAGUACAGCUCUUAGAGCUUUGGAAAACGCAUCCAUACUCACCUCCAGUUUAACGGCAGAAGACGACAGAGGUGGUUCUGUAAUAAAGUACAGUGAAAGCAAUACCCGUAAGCAGUGGCUCAAGGAGACCCCUGAAACCCUGUUGAACAUCCUUAAGAAUGCCGACCUCAGCUUGGCCUUUCAAACAUACACGAUAUAUAGACCAGGCGCAGAAGGAUUCUUGAAGGGCCCCCUGUCUGAGGAAACAGAAGCAUCGGAUGAUGUUGAUGGAGGUUGGGAUUCUGUCACUUUGGAUCCAGAGAGACUUGAACCUGAACUGGAUGAAGAGGAUACGGACUUUGAGGAAGACGACAGUGCCGAUUGGGUAUCAGAACUGAAGCAGCGAACUGGCUGGCAAGGAGUAUCUGAUGGAUAACACCCAAGGAAAUAUUCAUUAGUCACCCGGAGGGGAUGUUUAACAGGAGGAAUUGAUAUUUGAAUAAUACUUAACUCACAGGAUACGUAAUUUCCUUUGGAAACAAAGGAAGAGUGAAGAGAGGGAAACUGUGAAUAUUUAAAAUUAUUCCUGGUUAGUAAGACAGGGUAUAAAAAAAUCUAGGUUUUUUAAUUCAGAGGAGAACGCAUAGCACAGUGGGUAUGAGGUUUAGGCUUUACAGUCAGAACAGAUGUUGAAUGCUACCACCUACUGCUUGCGUGGUUUUGAGAAAUUGCUUAACCUCUUUGAGCCUGAAUUUCCUCAACUACAAAAUGAGGAUAACAAUGCCUACCUCAUAUGGAUGCUGACCUUAGACCAUCACGACAACCCAUAAUGUUAUUUGCGUUGUUAUGAUUUCUGCUUUAUUACCUUGUUAUGAUUUAUUACUAUGAAGCUCUUUUUAUAUCUCCUAAAAUUUUUGAGGAUCUAAAUAUAUUGUAACAUCAGA